AUGCCAUACACACCCCCCAGCCAGUCUCCCUGCACCUCCCCCAUCGCCAGCAGGUCCUCUUCGAUAUCAAUCCACGAUGUCACCUCAUCAUCAUCAUACACCACAACAACGACCCUGUUGAACUCAAGUAACCCUCCAAAGUCAGCUACAUACCUACACAAGCACCAGCACCGACGGACUCCUCAGAUGAAUGCCACAUUAGGUUCACCUCCUCCUUCAAACGGGCACCCAGAAAGGUCAACACUACACCACAGGAACGUCAACUCCCGAACCGCCAACAGCAUUCACCAGACACCGCCGCCAAUAGACAACGGUCUAUUGAUUCCUACAGGAGCUGUCUUGUCACCUCCAGAUUCUUCUCAGAACUCAAGCGAUGAGGACGAUGUCAUGGGCCGUGGUAAGAGGAGAGGUCGCAACCUUGGAAACCUUGAGGAGCAGCUGAAGGAGGCAAUCAAGAACAUCCCUCAACGACGGGCACCGUCACCGGAUUCUUCAAUAAAGCCAAUGUCACCUUCAGACGGGGAGAGCAAGCGUGGAAGACACCAGAGGUCGAUCUCGGAGUCGACAUUACUGAACGAUUACGGUCUCAGACCGGACUCAAACAGUGAUAGCGAUUACGAGGACGAUGGCUACCGGAUGGCACCACCCAUGGUACGUAAGAAGAGCGGCGAAGUUGUCAAGUCGUCACUGAAAACGCCAAACCGAUCACGGCCAGUAUCUAUGCCAUCGACCCCGACCUUCCCUAAGGCUGUGCAUUUCGAUGCUCACCUUGAGCACGUCAGGCAUUUCUUACACCAGGAGAAGCCUUCGGCUGUCAGUGCUGGAUCAUCACCAGUAGAAUCCUUUGAUGGCGAAAGAGAAUUCCCAUUUCCUCACGAGGAGGCUUUCCGAUCUCGGGAACCGCCUUUUGAGUGGGAGAUUAACCUACCAAACUUCCCUAAGGAUAUGGAUGCACGAAAGAACCUGCCUGUCAGAGUGGAGAGAGUAUGCCUAUCCAACGAUAACAAGAACCUGAUCGGUACGGUGGCUGUCAACAACAUGUCCUUUCAGAAGUCUGUCGUCGUUCGGUUUACUUUAGAUCAUUGGGAGACAGUUUCGGAGGUUAUUGCGGAGUUCAACAGUGACGUCAGGAAGAAGAAAAGGGAGGAAGGUGUCGACCGAUUCAUCUUCAACAUCAAACUUGUUGAUCAGGUCAACUUGGAACGCAAGCUUCUAUUAUUCUGUGUGCGGUAUAACGUUGCCGGCCAAGAAUUUUGGGACAACAACAAUGGCAUUAACUUCCAGGUCAACUUUAGCAAGAAGGCAAAGCCCCAAAAUGGAAAGAACGGUGGUGCCAGAGUCGCCCUGCCUCGGUCCAAGCCCUCGAACGCCCCUCGACCCAAGUCGAUGCCCAACUUUGACGAGCUUGAAGGCUAUGAUGGUUCUUUCUUCUCGAAGGAUUCAGAUGACACUCCGAUUCCCCUACUUCCAAAGAAGUCACUUGAAAGCAUUACCGAUACCACUGAGUCGCUAGCACGUCGAGCAAAUCCGUCUGGCAACGCUUUCGGUAACCGUUAUGACUUUGGUGCUUCUUUGAACGCCGCUAUCAAGGCCGCCAAUCUGGUCGUCGGUCCUAAGCGGAGUGGGUUGGGAAUCAAGACUGAGAAGUCUGAUAAGAACUCACAAGAGAGCCCAUACUUCAAGUUUGGAAGUGCCGUCCUUGAGGUUACCGAGCCCAGAGUUCCGGAAGCCCGCAUCGCGAAGACUCCCGUUGUUGCAGCUCGUGCCCUGAGGAAUGCAUCACCCGAUAAGAAUACCUCGACUCCAAUCGAGAGCCCAACCACUGUCGGGGCCGGUGCACCUGAGGUGUUUCAGCCGAGCGCAUUUGUUGGAGAGAAGCCUUCAAUUGAGUCAUCAUCAUAUCGCGAGCUUCUUGACAACUACUGUUUCUUUGGAUCAGCAAAGGCAUCACCGCAGAUGUCAGAUAGUGAGGUUGGGGAAAAAAAGUCUCAGGAUUCGGCACCGGGAAACCAGAGCCUUUUCUCUGGGGCCAUCUUUAGUACUACAGCGGAGCCAAGGAUCGUGAAGGAGUCUGAUCUAAACCCCAGAUAUACACCCUCUCCUUUGGAAGGCUCGCCAGCCAGUUCGUUUUUGAGGACUUCAUCAGGUACCGCGUCUCCGAUACCAUUGAACUAUGCGGGAUAUCACCAUCGCAGGAGAGCUUCCGGAGCAUUCAGAUUUGAUGCUCAGCAAGCACCUACUGCUAUUUGUUGA